UGAGCUAAAUACGAUUGAAUUUCAACCAAUAAUGGGUUGUGUUACUUUUUGCUGGAAAUUAUAUAACAGUAAAGUUGAUGCUCCAGAGAUUCUGGUAAAGUUAGGUUUAAACGCUUCACAGAGACAUUUUAGGCGUGUGUUAUUUUGUCCAUCUUGUCUCAUUUAAACGCUUGUCGAAAGUAAACGGGUCGGCCUUUUUUCAUCAUCAUUGAGAUCACCGGUUAGUUUAUGCAGUAACUUUGAAUCAAUUAUUUUCCCAUUUUAUUAUUUAAUGAAAUUUCGAUUUUUCCGGGCGUAAUAUUGGCACAGUUCGAUUCUGCUCGAUUCUAUCGAUAACAAACGUAUAAAAACUGAAAUUUUGUUACGAUUUUACUGUGAAAGAGCUUUUCAGGCAAUAAACAUGAUUAAUAUAAACGUACCUAAGUAAAGUUGAUAGCAUUGUGAUAUCAGAACCCAUGUGAUGAACCUAGUACCUUUGUGAUAACUGAUAAGGAGUCAGUUACCGGAAUGUAUCUUCGGGACUGGGUCUGCUCCUUGUAACAACUUACCAAAUGUUAAAAGUAUCACCUAGAAUAAAUUAUCAGUUAAUUAUACGCCUGGGUGAUACAAUAUAAAUAAAUCAAGAUGAAUAUCCGCUGGAAACUGUUGGGGGACCGGCGCUCGCUGUGCCGGUAUUCCAGUCGAAAGCUAUCCGGACGAGAAGUGAGACGGCAUUUCAUCAACUUCUUCCUCGGCCGAGGUCAUGACUUCGUCAAAUCGAGCUCAGUCAAACCUUUCAACGACCCUACACUCGAAUUUGUAAACGCCGGGAUGAACCAGUUCAAAAACGUUUUUCUCGGGCUGAGUCCACCUUUAACAGCCAGGGCGACCAACAGUCAAAAAUGCAUAAGGAUCGGUGGGAAACAUAAUGAUUUACUCGCUGUAGGACAUGACUCUUAUCAUCACACAUUUUUUGAAAUGCUUGGAAAUUGGUCAUUUGGAGAUUACUUCAAGGAGGAAGCAUGCCAAUCUGCUUGGAAGCUCGUCACCUCUGCACCUUUCUCCCUUCCAAAGAGCCAGCUGUAUGUGACAUACUUCAGAGGAGACGAAAGCCUUUCUCUCCCUCCCGAUUUGGAGACGAAAGAAAUCUGGAGGAAAAUAGGUGUUCCAGAUGAGAGAAUUUUACCUUUCGGAAUCAAAGAUAAUUUUUGGGAAAUGGGUAUGACAGGGCCGUGCGGUCCAAGCACUGAGAUUCAUUUUGACCAUCUCGGUUCUAAAUUAAGAUCAGAGUGCGUCAAUGCCAAUUUAGAAAAUUUAACUGAACUCUGGAAUUUAGUUUUUAUACAAUAUCAGAGAAAUGAAGAUGGCAAUUUAACUCAGUUAAAACAAUCAUUUGUUGAUACUGGAAUGGGCCUCGAACGUCUUGUCGCUUUGUUGCAAAAUAAAUCAUCCAACUAUGACACAGAUUUGUUCACACCUUUGUUUCAGUAUAUUGCUAAAUAUUCAAAGAAAGAUGAAUAUGGAGGUAAAUUUGGUAACGAUGAUACUUAUGGCAAUGACACAUACUACAGAAUUUUAGCAGAUCAUUCUCGUAUGAUAGCAAUUUCUUUGGCUGAUAAUAUGUUUCCAGAUUAUAGUCAUAGUUUGAGGAGGGUGAUCAGGAAAACAUUAGCAAUUUCUGAUUAUUUUGCUCCAAAUAGCGGCGUUAAUUUACUGAUUGAUCUCACAAAAGUUGUUGGAGAUUCUCUUGGUGAUUUUUAUCCUGAAAUUCUCCAAAAUAGUAGGCAGAUAGAGUUUAUUUUGAAGGACGAAUACGAACUUUGGCGGGAUGUCCGAACACAACUCAAAAGUAAUUGGGAUCAACUGCUCAAGACGGAUCCUUUACUUGGAAAACUAACAGAUGUACAGAGUGUUGGCCUCGUUGCGGCUCUAAAAGAAUUGGAAAAGCUGAAGAUCAAGAAAGGAGAAUGUCUCGAACCAUCCCUUGCAUUAGCCUUAUUCGAUCGGUAUGGCCUUAAUGUUCAACUGAUCGAAGAAGUCGCAUCAAUAAAAGGGUAUAAAUUAGAUCGGCCUCGUUUAAAUUCUGAUAUAAUCGAGCUGAAAAGGAUUAACAAGGCUGCACUCCAUUCUUCCAAAUUGCAAGGGAUUUCCAAAAGAACUCUCGAAUCGCUUUCAAGUCGUUUUGAACCGACUGAUGAAACUGCAAAAUAUUCGUAUGUUGUCAAUGGGAAAUAUCGCUUUGAACCGAUUCAAGCAACUGUGCUCGCUGUAAUACACAACGAUUCCGUAUUGGAAGGAAGUCCUAUCGAGCCGGGUGAACGCGUCGGCAUUUUGUUGGACAAAACCAAUUUCUGGUCGCAUUUAAAAGGUGAUAGUGAUAAAGGAGUCAUAAAACUAACCGAUUCGGAAGAAGUGAAUGUAGAUAAUGUAGUAAGAUGGGGAGAUUACAUUCUUCACUUUGGAACUUUAAAUUCUAAAAAUAGUGUUAACCUUAUUGGAUCUUCAGUAUCGCUACACAUAGAUACUGAUCAUAGAUUCAAUCUCAUGAGAAAUACUACUGCAUCUCACAUACUAACUAAACUGCUUAACAAGAAGUUUGUGGCAGAUCUCCAACUUUUUGUUAACUCCAAGCACAACCUAACAGUCACGUAUUGUUUGUACGGAGAGAAUAUUUCAGAAGGAGAGUGUAUGCUGUUUGAAUAUCUUGUAAAUAAAGAAAUUCAGGACGGGAUUAAAAUCGACGUCGCUUCGAUUUCAAGCAAAGAUGUAGUAUCUGGAAUCGCCAUACCUCAGAUAUUAAGUUUGGAAAGCUCACACUUUCCUCUCAUUAAAUUCUCAGGAGAAAAUACAAAAGAAUUAUCUUAUGGGCCGAAUGUCCUUAAUACAAGGGAUAUAAUUGAAUUUUGUUUCACUUCUAUAAAUAUCAACAAGAAAAAAAGAAAGUAUACAUUCACUUGUCUGACUGGUCCUAACGUUGAUGAUGCCUAUAAAAAAACCGAAGAACUAUUGAAUAGGUUACAAAAAUUAAACUGUGAGUCUGAGAUGAGUUUAAUCAACAAAGAGAUUACUAAUGCAAAGGAUCUAAUUAAUCAGAACCUAGUACCAAUGUCACGUAGAAUAGAGUUAAACUAUAUUGUCUCAAAAUUAAGUGCGAUCAUUAAAAAGAAAAGUCUGGAGGAGCAGGUGAAUGAAGUGGUCCGUCUUGUCGAACAAUGUAAGAAGGAUAAACAAGCGGUCGUCCAUUAUACAGGCGAAGAUUGCGAAUUGGAAAAGCUCACCAAGCUCUGUCCGGAUCUACCGAUAAUGCUGUUUGCGUAUAACAGGGGUUCUCUGUCGGUGAGAUGCUGCACUCCGAAGGAAAGUGCCCUUGAAGCCGAUGCAUGGAUGAAGGAGGUCACACGGCAAAUAGGAGGAGUCGCGACUGCACUAAAAGGGCACGAUCCAAAGAGGGUAUCGACUCUCAAACCUGUAAAAAUGAACAGGCAAACUCUAGAUAAAGUAGUGGGCCAAUUAAAAGAAUUGGCAUUGUCUACCGCACAAGAAACAAGAAUAUAAUGUAUAAAAAUAUAAACUUAGAAAUAUUGUAUAAACUUAGAUGCCAACAUGUAAUAUAAUAUUUAUCUGUG